AUGUUAAAUGAAGACUCGUUUAAAGAUAUUGUAGGCAGUGACAAUACCUUCAAUCCAAGCAAAUCCUACGCUUUUAAAAAUAAAUCAAGACCUUCUGGACUGACAUACGAUGUACCAAAGUAUUUAACGGUAAAAGGCUAUCUUGCCGAAGAUGCUUUUGAAAUAUUGCCUAAUAAAGGAGUUAGACAUGAAUUUGUACUGGGUAACACAGUAAAUAAUAAUGAAGCGCUCAAGAGUUCGGAUGGAAAGUAUCAUACUGGUCGACUGGGAUUUGCUAGCGCUAGUCAAUGGCGGUCGUCGGUGUUAUAUCAAUGGUGGAGAUAUUUUGAAAAUGAAAAUGUUUGUUUGCAUGUCACUGAAGACAAAGAUAAGAAGUAUGUUUUGAACAUUGUCAAACUUAUAAAUCUCAAUUUCAAUCAUAGUAGGCUAACCUCAUUAAGUUUAGGUUUAGUAGGCUUAGGGGUAGAAGAUUUAGUAGUAAUAGGCUUAGGCUUAGUGUGCUUAGGCUUAGAAUAGUUAGUAAGUAAAAAUUUUAUGGCUCAUUAUGUAAAAUAACAACAUAUAAAAAACAGUCGCUCGCGAGAAAAUAGAAUGAGAUUGCCGUACUCGCAGUAAUUUAUUGGGUCGUUUUACACCGAGGCAAAUAUUACAUAAAUCCAUAAAUGUUACAUAAUAAACAUUGCGCAACAAAAUUUCUUGCAAUUUCUCUAAAGCUAUCUUUUAUAUCGUCAACAUUGAGUAACACCGCACAGAUUUUGUGUCAUUUUCUUUAUAAUGCGUAACAUCGCUUGCAUAUAACAAAGUGGGUAGAGUAAGGUGGAUUAAAGCAGGAUAAAAUAAUAUUUUUUGUUACUUUAUCCUAGCUAAGGCAUUAAAUAAAGUAAACUAAAUUUCAGUGUAAAGCAAUCAGUGGUAGCGAUAGGAGUAACACCCCCAAAAAAUCGACUAUUUCUUUCUUACAAAAAUCCUCGAAACUCCGAUUGGAACCGUGCUUACAUAAGCGAUUUCACCGUAGAGAGUAAGCCUACAAGAUGGGCUAGCUCACAACUUAUGAUCGACUCAGCUAGCGACAAAAUACGCGUGCCACGUUGGACGUUCGACCGCGCAGUAGAAUUGUUUAACGCACAGUACGACAACAUUACAGCCGAAUACUAUGUGCAAUGUAACAAAGCCAAGUCACUUGGGUUCCAAAUUUCUAAUGCUACAAUCGAAAUUCCGUUUGAAAAUUUAGUAGAAAAGCUACACGGUGACAGUAGAUUCUGUAGAUUAUUAAUUGGAAAAGUGGACUGGGAUUUGAUCUAUCUUGGCAUGCCAUUCUUUAUUAAUCGAGGUGUUUGUAUGGACCAUUCUAAAGACAAUGUACUCAGCUUGUACGAUGCUGGAUAUAGGGAAAAUAAUGUCAUAUUUGAUAAUGCUGAAGAAAAUGGAGCUUAUGUCUGGCGACAUGACUACUGA